GUUUGGGGCCUUUUCAUCGCCAACUGCGUCUUUCUCUACUUGAUCGAGCUGGUUCAGUACUCGAUGAACAUGCGCAGCAUCAUAGCAAAAAACGGCGCCAUCUACCUGCAGUUGUACAUAGUGUCGAUUAUCAUCUGCGGCUUUUACGUGUUUAGCUUGGCCCUGUUUGGUGAGCGACUUGGCAACGAGGUGCGCAGAACUGUCAACAGUUGCACCGAAAUGGCUCACUUUGCCCCCAGAAUAUUCACAGUUGACUCUGGCAGGGAUUUUGAGGAAAAGUUCCUGAUCAUCGCGCAGAACCUUCAUCAGAGACGCAGAAGGAUCAAUGCUGCCGGUUUUUUCACCAUUGAUCAUUCCAUGAUCCUGCUGGUGGCCUCCAAUGUGUGCACGUAUCUGCUAGUUGCCUGUCAAUUGGGUUAAAUUGAAUAAAACGCGCGGAUUCUGGA